AUGUUACAAAAAGUUUUCAAAACAAAUGCGGUUUUAUUUGGUUUCGUGUUGAUAAUAAGCCUUCGUAUUCGGGGCAGUGAACAGAGUCUGGGUCAAGGUCAUCAUGGCCAAAAAGAACGACAAUUGCAGAGUCAGGCCCAACAGCAGCAGCAACAGCAGAACAAUGACCUGCAAUUGGCUAGGCAGCAAUUGCGAGCUUUCCAUGAGAGCAAGGCCAGGGAAAUGUUGAAAUUUAUGAAUCUGCAGCAGGAGCCUUGUAAUGACUUUUACGAAUUUAGUUGCGGCAAAUGGUGGGAAGCACAAAAUACCACUUUGCUGCGAGGUCAGGAUCGUUGGAGUAUGAAAGAUGUUAUGGAUCAUCAAUUGCUAAUGCAAGUGCAAAAUAUUCUAAAUGGCCCAAGAUCUUCGACGGAAUAUGAUGAUACAUCGGCCAAACAUUUCUAUAGAACCUGCAAUCAGGCCUCAUCAGGGGAGCAGGGGGAAUUUAUUAAGAAAUUUGUGGAAUAUUAUGGAGGAUUGCCGUAUGUCAAGGACAGCCACUGGCAGGAGAAGCAGUACAGCUGGAUUGAUGUCAUCGGACAAUUGAAGCAUCGCUACAAUUUAGAUAUCCUAAUCACCCUUACCAUACCCCGAACCACCGUGGGUCGGGCCAUACCAAUACCAAUUUUAGAGGAGCCCAAGAGGACGGUGUUACCAUGGCAUUUGUGCAGCUAUUUGGCCACCCAUGAAAUGGAAGAGAAGGAUGAAAUUUUCAAUGACAUUCAAAGGGAAAUUAAAGAUAAUCUGCGGUCCUGGUUGGACCUAGAGGAAACCGAUGCCAUACGCUUGGCGGGGGAUAUUCAGCGUUUCGAAUUUGAAUUGUGUAAAUAUAUGAAGAAACGGGAAUUGCUGGAUCUACCCAAUGGAGGUGAUGGAUUAAAUAAAACCCGCAAACGCUACAAUAUGGUCGUGCCGAACAACUUCCAUGGUGUGAUGCAAAAUCUGAAUAAUAAUCCGCAAUCGGUUAGUGUCUGGGAAAAUAAAUACGGUUUGGAAUUUCAUCGUUUUGUUCAGAUCAGUUUGGGUAAGGGCCAUUCGAUACCACGAGAAUUCUACUUGCGGGAUGAAGAAUAUUUUCAACAUCUGAACACCAUAGCCAGGAAGGGUCUGACACCCUCUUUUGCCUAUUACAUUAUGUAUAGAGCCUUGAGUGAAAUUACCUUACCAAAGGACCAGGCGCCACGUAGCAAUGAACGGAACCUCUACUGUAUUCGUAAAACUUUGGAAUUUUUCCCCGACACCCUGGGUGGUAUCUAUCAGAAUAAAUACCGCAAAGUAGAGGUGCUCAAUGAUUUACGUGACAUUUUCAAACAUGUUCGCGAAGCCUUUGGCGAGAGUAUCGAUACGAAUACCUAUUGGUUACAUGAUAGCUUUCGCAAGGAUAUUAAAUUGCGAACCCUAUCGUGGAAACUGAAGGAACCAGAAUUCCGCAGCCAAAAUGAUGGAGGGGUGUUCGAAGUGAAAUAUCAAAAUAAUCCUCGUAGCUAUUGGCAGGCAUUGGAUGCGGUGAUGGAAAGGAAUGCUCAACAAUAUCUGCAACAAUUAAGUGGUUACCCCGGUGCAAUAAAACAGACCCUCGACGAGCCGGUCUUCACCUAUACCACAAAUGCCGAAGCACGGCUGCAAUUCAGUUGGUCUUAUUUGCAGCCGCCCUACUACUCCCUCAAUUAUCCUAAGUCCCUAAAAUUCUCCUCCGUGGGUUUUCUCAUGGCUCGAGAAUUAAUACGCCACUAUGAUCAACAGGGUUGGCAUGACAAUCCCCCACCCCUGGUCAAUGCCUGGAAUUUCGAUAUACACGAUGAAUUCAAUAAAAUCAAAGAAUGUUUUCGCAUACAGGCAAGUAAUUAUUUACAUAAUUCUCCUAACAUUUAUCGCAAUGGUAGCCAGUUGAGAGAUUUUGUGGCGGACACCAGUGCUGUGGGUAUUGCCUUUUCGGCGUACAUGAAAUGGUUGGACGAUCAGGAUGCUCUCAAUGAAGAAUUGAAAUAUGAAACUUUGCCAGGUAUGGAUUUCACAAAUAGUCAAUUAUUUUUUAUCAACUAUGCUCAGAUGCAAUGUGCGGCAGGACGUAAUCGAGAUCCAGCAGCUGCUUCAGAAUAUUUCCCCUUGGCACGGCACACAGUGGAACGUUUGACCAUAAAUGGUCCGUUAUGGAAUGGUUUGGAAUUUGGUAGAGAUUUUAAUUGCCCGCUGGGGUCACAUAUGAAUGUUGAUGAUAAAUGUUUGACUUUUUAA